GUAUUUGUACUUUUUUCCGUUAAAUAUUUUGCUUAAAAUGUUAACUUUUAGAAUUUAGAGAAAUAUAUUAUUGUAGGAACCAUUGCUUGCAAGAUCCGUAGUAUAUGCUGAAAAUGUUUAUUUUUAUUUUUCACAAAACUGUUGAAAUGAGUGUUUGCGAGGAUCUCCUGCAAACCGAUAAAAUGUUUAUGUGUAAACUGUGAUAGGUCAUGCUGUCUAAUUGUGAAAGCGAGCGUCAGUAUCUUGUCGAAACUCGAUAACAAUAGUCGUCGUCAAGAGCGAAAACCGAGUGCUUCAUCCUGCAAACUAUUGUAGUAGAAGAGCAGCGCAAGCGAGAGAAAAAUAAGGACAAGACUCAUCGGUCAAAAUAUGCUUUUAUUGACACACCAACUUAUGCACACUUUAUAGAAAAAGCAUCGAGGAGGAUAUUAAAGAUUGCGUGUUAAACGUGAAAUUACCAGAGAUAAACGUCUAUAAGUAUUGCUGAACUGCCUACUAUAGUGAUAGUUAGCGACGUAGUUGACGAUGUUACACAACUUCGAAGGAAAACGUGUACUCCUGUAUGGUGCUGAUGAUCAUCUCAGCAAAGAAUUAGCGCGAAGGCUUAUAGUGUGUAACGCAGAAGUAUUGGUAAUGUGUAAAGAUCCAGCAAACAUAGUGUGGCUAAUGAAUUGCUUGAAUGGAAUUCAUGGAUUUAUCAUUCCUGAAAAUUGGACAUCAACCCGGGAAACUAUUCAGGAAAUCCUGCCAAUAGAUUUAUUGAUCAACAAUAUCUGCAUCAACGAUGUGUCACCCGUGUUGGACAUCACGCCAGAGAAAUACGAUUCGUCUUUUAAUACCAAUGUGAAGGCUGUAUUGAACGUGUCUCAGAUUGUAGCCAGAAGCAUGAUCGAGGCUAAAAAGGGUGGCUGCAUUGUGAAUAUAUCGUCAUUGGCCGGUCAUAUUGCAAUUAAAGAUCACGCUCUUUUUUGUUCCUCCAUGGCAGCUCUUAAUAUGUUAACGAAGUCAAUGGCCCUUGAACUGGGUCCGUUCAAUAUAAGAGUCAAUAGCGUAAAUCCCACAUUCAAUCUAAUAGAAAAUAAGAUAGCUUUGAAUUUGGCCAUUCCACAGAAUGCAUAUAAGAUACUCGACAGAGUUCCUAUUGGCCGAUUUGCUGAAAUUACAGAAAUAGUGGAACCCAUUCUUUGCUUAUUGAGCGAGGAAAUUAGUUCAAUGAUCACCGGCGUCUGCUUGCCUAUAGACGGCGGUUUUUUAGCUGCAUAGAGCAGAAAUUCAAAACCAUCCUCUUUAAAAGAGAAUACUGAAUAAUUAUUGGCACAGUGAUCUCUAUUUUGAAAAAUUAAAAUAAAUCAAUAAAAUUACGCAUUUCUUAUGAACAAUAGCAACUAAUUGUGAUAAUAUGUAUGCACGGCAUGUAAAAAAA